AUGAAAAUAAGUGUGUUGCUACGCAUCUGUUCGGCUCAUUUCGAGGGAGGUGAGAAAAAGGAAGGUGAUAUUCCAGUACCCGAUCCUCAGUUGGACGCGCCGAUCUCGAUUGAGCUCCCGCCAAAGGAAACAAAAAGCAGCGAUCGUCGACGGGCGGCGCUCCAGCAGCAGCAGCAGUCCAGGACAACCGCUCCCACGACACCCAGUCCCAGCAACGUCACCGGCAGCACCUCCGUGAAGCGCAGUCGCUCAUUAGCAGUCAGUGCGGAUUAUUUAACGAGCUGGAGGAGCCGUUCUGCUGCUGCCGCCGUCGCCGCCGAAGGUUCUCAUCCUCAUUUCUGUGUGGUUUUUGCGACGCUCGCAGCAGCAGCAGCUGCUGAUGUCCACCCUCAGCGCUCGGCGGCCAUCCCAUCCAAAUCUGCUGCUUGCGCACUUUCCCAAACAAUGCCCAUUUGUCUGCUUUAUCCUUGCUCCGAAACACUAGCUAAAUUCCUUUAUGCAUUGCAAGUUUCACUGGUGCCAUGGGCGCAGGUGCAGAGGCUUCCAUCUUCCGAUUCUCUUCGCAAAAUCGAAUCGCUCUCUGCUGCGCCUAUUAUUAUUAUUGUUAGAAUGGCGAUUUAUCUGGGGAAACUUCUGCACUUCUCUUCUUUCCCCCCUGUGAUGCGAUUUCGAAGUUAUGGGUCGUAUCACCAUUAG